AUGGAACUUCUGGCCUUAGGAGUUUUGCAAAAGAUAACUAUUAUCGCCCGUGCAUACUCUAAAUUUGUAAAUUUCAGUACUACACAGGUUUAUCUGAUAGGUGGUUACUACGGCGCCGGAGGCAACAUAAAGUCAAAUUUUCUAAUGGCGUUCGCAACAAUGCUGGCAUGGAGAGUAAUCAAUUUUGGGUGGUUAAUGGGCGCUGAGCUCCGAAACAUGAUUAUGGCAGUAAAAUGGGGAACAUAUUACUUAUUAAAAGCAAGUACAACAGACGCCGGUUAUGUUCAACUAGGGGAUCCUAUUUCGGACCAUAACUGUUGGGAGAGGCCGGAAGAUAUGGAUCUGUUGCGGAUGGUGUAUAAGAUUGAUCAGAACCAGAACCACCCUGGAUCUGACGUGGCAUGA